AUGGCUUAUAGAUCGCCAUAUGCGCGCUCACGGCAGAAGUCAUGUAUUGCUUGCGCCGAGGGGAAGCGGCGUUGUAAUCGUCAAACCCCGCAGUGCUCACGGUGUCUUGCCCAGGGGCUGGAAUGUACUUACCUGAGUGCAUGGUCCCAACAGAAGCGCCAGAAUAUCUCGAGACAGUUGGAAUCAUCACACUUUUCGGAAGUGUGGUCAGAAACCUCCCUCGUCUCCAAUGAGGCUCUAUCAUUUUGGCCGUUAAAUGACUCUCCAUCCGACGAUACGAGUGUUACUACCCCAUGGCUUACUUCGAUGCCCUCUCUGCUCACCGUACCAUCACUAUCUCCAGCUGCAUUUUUCCCAGAAACCACCAUCUUAGAUAAAUGGUCAACCAAUCAACUCUUACAGAAUAUCAAAUGCUACCCGCAGUUGUUUGUUAGCUCUCGAAAAACACCAUUCAUUCAUUCCCGCCUCUACGAUGCAUACUUGCCCAAUACUAUUCAAGAUGCUUUUACAGUUUUGGCAGCUUAUAGUACCAAGACAUCAGAAACAGAGGAUCUGAUUUUCCGUAUACUGGAAAGCAAGACUACCAGCCUCGUGGAGCAGGACCACCACACAGGUGCCUUGUCCCAGCUCCUCGCCGCAGUGCAUGCACUGGCGCUGUUUCAAAUUAUUCAGCUCUUCGAUGGUGAUAUUCGACAGCGCUCAUUAGCAGAACAGCACAUGGAUACAUUGCGAAUUUGGACCUUUCAAUUACAAAUCCGAGCCGAAGAGCUGACCCCUGCGCUCACAUGGCAAGAAUGGAUAUUGGCAGAGAGUACUCGAAGAACAAUAAUUUUCGUCAUGAUGAUUGAGGGCUUGUAUCUGACACUGAAAACCGGGUGCUGUCCGAAUGUCAAGGCAAUGAGUAUACUGCCCUUCACAUCCGAUGUUACUCUAUGGGAUCUCAGUGAAAGUGCUUCAUGGCUUGCGGAAUCAGAUCAAUUGCGAUCUAAAACUGUACUCUAUGGUGAUUUUGCAAGGGGUUGGCAGGAGGGACAAGUCCCGGGACGACUGGAUGGAUUCCAAAAGCUAUUGCUUAUACCGUGUAUGGGUGAGAGAUACAGAGAAGUACUGGAGCUAGAUAGUUGA